AUGAACCGCUCCACGGACCAGUCGCUGCAGUCGUUGCUGCCGACGCACAACGGCACGUUUUCGCCGCAGCUGACCGACCUGGCCGGCUCGCUGCUGGCGCAGUCGCGACACCGUGUCAGCACGUUGAAGGCGGACGAGGAGGUUGCGCGACCGUAUGCAUGUGCACACAUUGCCUGUGACCGGCUCAAGACCGUGCUCAACCUGCCGCCGAUCGAGCCGCGUCCACCGAUUCAGCCACGACUGUACAAGCGUCUGUACGCGCAUCUCAACACGGUGCUGCAGCCGACACCGGCCCAGCGAGACAACCAGACGCCGCGGAAAGACGGGCCACAACGGGACGUCGCUGUCGGGACGCCAUUCCGCACGGCCACGCCUAAGCGGCGGCCGGCAAGGACGCCACGGCCGACGGCCAAAGGCAGCACGACCAUCUACAGCCCACAGAAGAGGCCAGGCGGCCCUGCAUCGGUGUCUGUGUUGGUGUCCGUGCCGCCGCCUUGGCUGCGGCCGACGGUCCGGUUCGUGUGCAGCACGCUCGGCCACGCACGCCUGGCGCCCACCGUGGCAGCCGGCCUGUCGGCCAUCCUGCGAGAGGCAGCCGAGCAGAGCAAAAAGACAGCCAGCAGCGGCGUUGACGACGGCGAGACCGAGCCGGGCAGCCCGGCCUGGGUGGCGGGCAGCUUGACGGCGCUGGCGGCAACGCUCUACUACUACUGCAUCAAGUCGUGGCAGGCCAGCCAGGAUGUCGGGCCGAUGGACAAGACGCAGUACAACACAGACGAGCGGACCAUCAUGGACGUGUUCCAGAAGGCGCGGGAGGGCGGCGUGCAGCUGGAGGGCGGCGCCGGCGACGUCUGGGAGAAGACUGGCUGGCACGACCUGACACGACACAGCUUCCGCGAGGCGCUGCUGGCGGUGUCAGACCGCAAGUGGCUGGAGAGCGACUGGUUCCGCGACAUCCAGCAGCUGCGAGACGUGGCCGGCAGCGACUACAGCGAGGGGGGCGACAGCAACGACAACAACAACGAUGACGAUGACGAUGACGAUGCGGCCAUUCCCACGCACACAUGGCGGUCCGACAGCAUGUUCCAGGAGCGGUAUGACCUGCUCAGCGAGACGCGACGGCAGGACUAUGGCGACUGGAAGAAAGAGAUGUUGCAGCGGUUGAGGGAGGGGACGAGAACAGGAGGAGAGUAG